AUGGCGACAACUUCAAAAUCGCCUCUUCCUCCUCGUCCGCAAAGUGUUCCUCUAUUGAGGAAAACCAUGUCUCCUGAUGCAGCAAACACGAAGGUUUCUUCUCCGAUCAGAGCUAAGACACCAUUGGUAGGGAGAAAUUUCAUUCUUUAGCGUGAUUUUAGUUAGCAAGAACAUCAAAAUUUGUUCAUCCGAAAUUUGCCGGAGGAGCGUGUUUUGAUCCGGGUAGCAACACCGGCACUGCUGCAGCGAUCGGUUUAAAAACACUCAGAGGGAUGGAUAUGGAUGAAAAGUUUGAUAAUCUACCCAGUCUUUUUUUUUUUAAUUCCAUCUUAAAACAGUAGCUUCAAGGACGUACGCUUGUCGCUCAAGUGUUUCUCUGUAUUCGUGCAACGGAUCGACUCUGUGCAAAUGACAACAGUUAAAUUUCUCGAUCGCUUGUACUGUAACGUUUACUUUUAAAAUCAUCGUCACCAGAUCGUAUUUCUGUCUCCCUUUUCGUAUUUAAAUUGAAUUGAACUAGGUGAUUAAAAAAAAAAAUGUUUUCCGAAAAUCUAAUUUUUUAACUGCCCAAAAUAUCAAUAAAAGUAUUCCACAAUCUUCAUGUACAGGUCAACAAUAAAACCUUUUCGCGCAUAAUUGAAUACUAUUACGACUUUUGAAAUAUAAAUGAGCACAACGCUAUUUUCGUUUAUUUUCAAGUUAAUCGUACAUGUUGUUGUUUGUUCUCAAAAAAACGUUUCCAACAAACCCCCUGUUACUCGAACCAGCCUACACUGAAUGUGAGCUAAAUAUAAAUUUUUUUCCUCAUACUUUUAGCGUAAUCAAAAAAUAUUUUUGUUGUGAUAUCAACGCUAAAAGUUUUCUAUAAUUAGCAACUAGAUGACAGACGAAAAUCAUUGAAAUAAUCUUUUUUGCAGUGGUGACUUGUCACAAACUCAGAGGUCCAAUGUCUCAUCAUGUAUGAAAUAGAUAGCUAACAAAAUUAGGAACAUCGCUAGAUACAAUUUUGAAACGCGAUUAUUUUUUGUCAAUUUGCUCUAGCUGCACAUGUAUGCAAAUAUGGAUUUUUUUUGCAUUGAUAAUAUUGCUUUUUUUAAUUAAAUAGUUCUAUUAUUCAGUUUCAAAGUUGUAUAACUGUGUCACAUCUGCAAAAAUAUGGUGUGUGGUAACCAUUUUAACGUCUUUUGAAAUGUUAAAAGGCUAAUCAGAGUCUUAUUUGGUCUGUAAUGUCAUUCUCAUAUAUGUGAAUCAUUGUUUUCCAGAGAAAUGUCAAAUCUCAUUUUUACAGAUAACCCUUUUUUUUUAAAGAGAAAAAUGUUUCUUUGAUUUUUUUAAUAUUCUGUUUACUUCUCUCAUUACCAUGGUUUCCAAGUCUCCUUUGCCUUGGUCUCUUUCUAUGAAGACUGUAGGUUUUCAUGAAUUUUUAGAAUAGAGAACAAUUUUUGGUCUAUAAAAUUUUGAAUCCUGAAAAAGAAACAAUUGUACCAAACACAUGGGUAUUAAAUAAAGGACUUAAACCUCAGACCCUUGGAUUCCUUGCUUGGAUCCUCUACCGCUGGGUCGCAAGGACCCCACUGUGAACCAAGCCAUUUCAAGACUCAAACAUGCCUUGUGUGAGUUACCCUUUCACACCCUGACAUCAGUAUGCAUAUUCUCUGUACUGCUCUCUAUAUAUUUCUUCAGGUGCUGAAAAGGAGAAUUUUUUGAAUGAUCAAGAGCUUCUUUUGUCGUUGAUCACUUCCUCUAUUCUUGUUACCGUAAUUCAAGAUCCAAGGAUGAUAUUGUAAGGAGAAAUUAGAUACUAGACACUGUUAGGGGUCCAAGAGGUAAUGAAAUAUAUUGAAUUUUUUUCUGUAUAUUUUAUUUUUUCUAGAAUAAAUCCUUAGGGAAAUCACUGAAUCUGAAGUCAGGACCUGUCCCAGGAUCAUUCCUGUUUGGAACACCUUCAUACCCCUCCCCUCUGGAUCGCAUCAGACCAACCAAGAAGGACCGUGCCAUUGAACUUGGUUUAAGCACUGCACUGCAAGACUCUCUGGACCUCAAUGCUACUUUCCCCAAAGUGUAUAAGGCAAAAUCAAAAUUGGAAGAUAAUAACAUGGAUGUUUUCAAGCCCAGCAGAAAUCUUGAUGAUAUCCAUGACAGUUUCAACAGGGUUCAAUAGUUCCAGCAGAAAUAUUGAUCAAUGAUAUCCAGAUAAGUUUGAUUGUACUAUUUACAGGAAAGAGAUUUAUCAGUUGAACAGAACUGGUUCACUGUUUACUCUCAGUUCAAAGGAUGAUAUAUAAUGCUAAGAAACAAAAAACCAGCUCCCUCUUGGUCUCAGCUAAUGAUUUGCUUCUUUUAAGAUAUUUGUACCAGAGAAAACCAAAAACAAAACAGCAAAGGGACAAAAGAGAAAACACAAAUUCUUAAAUUCCAAAUGCUGAGUGAUGGGUUUAGAAACCAAAAUAUUGCAAAAACCUACAUGAAAUUCUUCAACCCAAGUGAUAUUACACAGAACCAAAAUAAAAACCUACUUGAAAGGUACAGUUACCAGCAGUCUGCUGUUACCUUUAAGGUCUCUUACUCGGAUUAACACAAAGGUACAUGAAUAUGACUUCUAAUAUGUUCUACUGGUAAGGUAUUUUGUUAUUAUCAACUGAGUAAAUUGGCCAUUGUCAAGAGUUUCAAAGCUGACGUUUUCAGCAUUAGCCCUUUGUCAUUCGCUCUAACAAAGGGCUAACUCUUGAAAAUCAGCUUUGAAACUCUUAACUGCGGCCAAUUUACAUUAUCUAUUGAGUUGAUAAUAUCAAAUUAUCUUGUUGUACUUUCCCAUCUACCCAGCACCACAGUUUCAUUAAAAACCUACCCCCUUUGUUCUUAUGAUAUAUCGAUUUUCAGUUAAAAGUAAUGCAAUUUAAAAUUUGGUUGCUGUUUUCUUUUAUUGUCCAGGUGAUUCACUGCACAGCUUUAGUUACGCACCUGGCCAUUGCCGAGGCUCUUUCCUGGAAACUUCCCCUGAUCCUCGGCUGACAUCUUCAUGGCAGUUUUAUAACUUUGUUGGUGGAGCAGGGACUGGAGCUGUCUUUCCAACAACAGUGCGUAAUCCUGUAAGUAACAUGUAACUGAAACUUACAAAAUUAUAGAUGUGGAAAGUAGAUAUGUACUGUAAGUGUACUUCUCCCUUAAGAGAGUUAAGUAAACCUCUCCUUGUAAUUUCAAUACAUUAUCCUGUAAACAGGUAAUGAAAACAUACAAGCUCAUGAGGUGAUCUAACACCAAUUUCUUCUGUCAAAUUCACAAGGAAAUGUAUGGUUGUCAGAAGAUAAAAUUAACCCUUUAAUUCCCAAGAUCUCAUUAGUAAUUCUCCUUAAUGUCUGCUAUAUAGUUCUUGUGAUGUUAGUUUGGAGAAUUUGGUAUUGGAUCAACUAGUAAUCUCUUAGUUAAUAUUUUUCUUUUUUCUCAUCACUUGUCUGCUUGAUAUUGUAUUAAUAUUGUAAGGAGAAAUUCUGUCUUGGUCAUUUAUGGGAAUUAAAGGGUUAUUAAUUGGAUCUGGAGAGUUAGAGACUGAAAUUAAGAUAAUUUUCUCUUUGAAUUUUGCUCUUUUUUCUACAGAAUAAAGCAAUCGUCACAAUUAAUGCAAGAACCUCAGAAAUUUUGACAGCUAAUGACAUGGCAGCAGAGCUGUUUGGCUACUCUACCAAGACCCUCAUUGGAAUCAAAAUGUCCCAGCUUUUUGCCGAUGUACAUAAAGAAAAGCAAGAAGCUCUUGUGGAGCAGCAUAUUGAAGCAAGUGGUGCUGUAGUUAUGGUAAAUGGGAAAGUGGUAAGUGAGCGGAACAUUGCUUGAUAUUCUUUGCGAACUCCACCAUUUGAUUUGUGUUUUAUGACUUAUUGGGUCUAAAAUAAAAGCUGACACAUUGUGGGCAUCAAAUUUUGUGAAUUUUGUGUUUAGUCAUCAAUCUGCAAGUAUGUUUCUGCAGAGAAAAAAAUCCUGUGAAAUAUAAUAAUGCAGAAAUUUUCCUCUCUCAGACAGAUGAAAAACUCCUUAUGCAAAUCAGAUGACAAUUUUUUUUUUAAAUUCAGAGUCAUGGGCUUAAAUCAUUACUUGUGUUUGUAAGGUGACCUAUCAGAAAUUUCAAACAGUAGGGUUCAUUCCCUGUUAAUGGUUAGCCAGAAAAUUUCAAAAACUAGUACUUAGCAAAAAUUUGAAGCAUCUGUAGCAACAAAAUUUGUUCCUGUAAAUCAAAAGUUAUUGUCAAUCUGCAGAGUAAAACUUCAGAAAAAAUGUAGUGAAAGCUAAUUUUGGGCGAUCCACACUCAAAAUGUAAUGUUGCCAAUGGCAAGUAGACCUGGAUUGUUGUGAAUGAUGCCUUGAGCAACUAAGAAUGCAAUUGUAGUUUUUUUCCUUCUUCAUCUGUCCACAGUGAGCUCACUGUUUGUGUAUUUUGAUUUGAUCUAGGAAAGUGAGCCAAGAGUACAAAAGUUGGAAAAUUGUGGUCAAUUUUUUUUUUGCAAUAACAUUGAAAUUUUUAUGCUACUUUAAUGCGGCAAAGAUUUUGGAACAUCAUACAUGCAUGACAUUAUUUGUCAUUGUCAAUGGCCCUUAACUAAAGAAUGCACAAGAAUUUGUGCAGUUAUUGAUAAAAAUAUUGAAGUGCAAGGAGAAUUGUACAACUACAAGGAAUGUUUCACAGUUGUGACAUAAUGACAGAAUACUUUCAUGGUGCACAGCCUUUAAUAAUAUGGUGUUUUGACUUGUACUUUGAUGCUAUGAAUGUUCUUUGUGAUUUAGUUGGACGCUGUGGACAGUUGUGGAAUUGUGUUCCCUGUUUCUGUCUGGAUGAAGAAACUGACAUGGGAAGAAGAACCGCGGUGCAUUACUGUCAUGGAACCAGUGGAAAGGAAAACAGCCAUGGUGCUGUUUGAUGCUGAGGUACAUGAUUGUAUAACAUAGCUUUUGUGAAAUAACCCAAUAACAUUUGCCUCAGUAGACUAUGAGAAGUCCUUUUUCCAAAAAAAAAAAAAAUUGAAAAAUUCAGCAGAAAAAAAUUGAUGUUAGCAUACUGCAACAUCAUGCUGUGUGGAACUCUGGAAGUGAGGCACAGUGUGCUAAUAUCAAUCUUUUAAAUGUUAGCAUGCUGUAAUGUCAUGAUGUGUGGAACUCUGGAAGUGAGGCACAGUGUGCAUCACUUCAAUUUUCUUUUUAUUGCUGAUUUUGUCUUUCUUUUUGACUGGUGCAAUAAGAAAAUUGGCCAAAAGGAGGGACUGCUCAGCAGUUAGUGCCUCAGAAAAUAGAUAAUUUAGUUUUGGAAGACCAUAAUCUAAUCAUAGGUAUGCACCUUAUUUUCAGGGUGAAAUAGUGGAUUGUGAUCAAGAUCUUGCUACUCUUUAUGGUUACUAUGUUACUGGAGAUUUGAUUGGGGUCAAUAUUAAAAAGUUAAUACCUGCACUAGAGUUGCCAACAAGUGAGAAGAUGAGUAAGGUUUGUAUCAUAAUCAAAACAGUUGCCAUUUUUCUGGAACGCGCAGUAAAGCAAUUAGGCUUUGUUUUUAGAACUUUAGUUGAAUAAAUAUGAUGCAUUAAACAGUGAUGCAUUAAAAAGUGGAUCAAUAGGGUAACCUACCUACAAUAUAUAUGCUUCACCCUAAUCAUGAGGAUGGAAAUGCUCCAAUGGAAGUAUGCUACAACCUGUCUAAUGGAAGCUGACCAUUAUUUGCUGCUUACAUAGAAAUGUGUAGUCACUGAGACUUGUCCUCUGAAAAAGACAGGGUUUGUGCAGAAUCUUUAAUUCUUGAAAAAGCAUCUAGACAUUUGCAAAUUAAUUUCCAGACCUGGAAUUAUUAUGAAGAUAAAGUGUGGGAAAAAUGGAAAGAAGUCUGAAAUUUUUCACAAGCAGCGGCAAGUGCUUAAUUGCCAAAUGAAAUAUUUGUAUGGUUGUUAAAUUUCCAGUAAAUUACUUUCACCAAAACAUUUCAAAUUGCGAUUUUACAAUUAUUAUAGAAAUUUUACCCAGCCCUCAACAUUGUGGCAUUGCAUUUGAAGACUAGAUGAAGCAGUCAAAAUGUUUCUGUUCUCAGUUGAUAACUCAACUCUUGAAUUAACAGUGAUUUUAAAAGCAAAUCAUCAAACAUUUGUGUAUCAUCAAAACCAUGAUAAACAAAAAUAUAAUUUACAACCCACACACUAAUUUCUUUUUACUUUUUCUCUUCAAGCAUGUCAAAAAGCAGAGAGCAACUGGAAGAACAAGGGAUGGGGGCACAUUUCCACUGAGUAUCUCCCUUAAACCAAAAUAUGGCAAGGAUCUGAAGAAGCUUGACCGCGAUAAAAAAUUUGCUGAUGAUCAACUUUUCUUCAAAGGCUUGGUGUGGGUAUUUGCUAACAUCAGUGGGCUGGUUACAUUCACACCUGAUGGAGUUAUCCAUUCCUGUAAUCACAACUUUGCUCUCAUGCUUUUUGGUUAUGCCCAGAAAGAGCUGGAAGGAAAGGUAACACUUAAGUUUUAUAAUGGUAAUUUUUAUAAAAAUGACAAAAAUGAUGAUGACAAAUAUGAAUGAUGAUGACAAUGAACAAUGAUUAAUGAAUGAUGAGGAUGAGGAUGAUGAUGACAAUGGUGAUGAACAAUGGAGAUGAGAUGCAGAUGAACAAUGAUGAUGAACAAUGACAAUGAACAAUGAUGAUGAACAAUGACAAUGAUGAUGAACAAUGACAAUGAAUGAUGAUGAUGAACAAUGAUGAUGAAUGAUGAUGAUGAAUGAUUACGAUGAACAAUGAUGAUGACCAAUGACAAUGAACAAUGACGAUGAACAAUGACAAUGAAUGAUUACAAUGAACAAUGAUGAUGAUGAACAGUGACAAUGAACAAUACUGGUGAUGAUGAACAAUGCGGAUGAAUGAUUACAAUGAAUGAUGACAGUGAAUGAUGACAAUGAACAAUGAUUAUGAGGAUGACAAAGACGAUGAUGAAGACAAAGACUACAAUGAUGACAAUGAUGAUAACAAUAACGACGAUAAUGAUAGUAAAGAGAAAUACAAAAUCAAUCAUCAUAAUAAUAUUUUUUUAUAACAAUUAUAAUACAUUCAUGUUGUAGCACUUUUCACAAAUGUAAACAGUUCUAAGCCAAAUUGUACAAUGUGCAAGUUGACAAGUUUUUUUAUUGACAGGCUCAAACUUCAAAAUUCAGUUGGUGAUAUACUGCUUCUUGUCUAGAAGUCAAAGUUUGCCAGGAGCCCAUGUUAGACUAAAAAAAAUUCCUCAAAAGGCGCUCAUUAAUUUGUAAAGUAUCUCCAGCAUUUUGCAACUUGGUGCCACUCUUGAUCCAGCAGUUUUUUAAACAGAACAAGAAUUGAGUUUGGAGUGGACUGUCAGAUUACAUUUGAUUGUUGCUGUAAUUUCUUCAUAGCAUGUAACUGACCUUAUCCCAAACUUCUAUGAUGAUAUGGAAGAUGUUGACGACAACAGUAUGCCACUCCCCCCGUUCGAUGACGAGGAUGAUGAGUUUGAUUACGAUUAUGAUGAUAAUGAUGAAGACGGUUACAGGGAUUCUAAAGAACGGAAAAGUACAGUGGUUUACACUCGUGAACUUGAUUCUAAAGCUAGUAACUACAGCGGAGGAAGUCGUGGUAAAUUAUUUUCAUGUUGGUGUUGUUUUUAGUUACCUGUUGUGUUGCAUAUAUGUUGGUAUUCUUAGACACAAGUCAUAAGAAAGGUGAAAGUUUUUAUAUUUUGUAUUUUCUCGAAUAAAUGCCCCUAAUAAGCCCCUUUCCCCUAAAUAACUGCUCUCCCUUAGGCCAUUAUAUCAAACAAUUGCCCCCCUCAAAUAAGCUCCCCCCCUCCCUCUGGGAUAUUUCUAACUUUUCAAGCUUCGGCUGCAACAAAAUCAGCACAAGUUAAUAAUUUCUUAGUAAGUGCCUCCCUUGAUUGAGUGUUCUCCCUCCAAUAAGUUCUCAUCCCUAAGCAGAAAUUUUAAAUAAGCAGGCAGGCGCUUAGUCAAGGAAAUAUGGUACUCGUUCAAGCCACAUGGGUCUAGCAAACUCACACCCAUGCUGCUGUCAACCUCAACUACAAAAAAAUCAAUCCCUGUUCAAUACAUGUGGUAACAACAUUCUUUUUUCUACCACAAGAGGGGAACAAUUUCGAUGACUCCGUUACAAGUUCACUCAGUACAAGCACAGGCCUGAGCAGUUCUCAUUCAACUGUUGGUAGUAUUAAAUGCAAUGCAAAUGAGGAGAAAUCCAGAGACUUACAAUCUACAUCAAUGAGCACUACAUUUCUUGACAAAGAGAGCAUGGUUGCAAACUUUGGAGAUAGCAAAAUAGAGAACAGUCUCAGUGAACCCAGCUUUUCUUCUCUUGGGUCUGGAUCGUUCACUUCAGUGGUGAAUGCUGAAGACAGUGGGAUAGAUGACAGUGGUGGAAGUGCAGAGAAGGAUCGUUUAGAGUCGGGAGAGGACAGGUAUGACGUGCAGGGUGGGCCUGUGGCUGUCUCAUCACCUGCUGACUCAUCAAUGCCGAUUGUAGAAUGUAAUAAAGAAGAGGACAAGUUGUCUUGGACUGGGUCUUUCUCUAAUGAUCAAAAUCAAAAUGAAAUUUUUGACAAGGAAAAUGUAGCAGAUGGUGAACUGCAGGAGGAAUCACUGGAAAGCAGUGGGGAAGGUAUUAACAGUAUUGCACCUUGUUGUCUUAACAAUGCUAGAUUUUUAACUACUGGAAUAAGUUUCACUGAGGGUAGCCAAUAUAUUUAGCAAUAGUUAAGAAAAGAUCACUUAUUCUCUGCAAUGUUUCAUUAGCAUCAUACACUUUAUAGCUGUCCUCUUUGCGGAGUCUGGGGGUGCAGUGGGGGGGGUCAUGGGACAUCCAUGACUUCCCCCUCCUCCCCUUUGUGAGAUAAUUCUGUACUUCAUGUUUCAUGAAAAGGGCAAGUCUAAGGAAUAUACAUGCCAAAAAUGUUUAAGUAGUGGAUGGAUGGGACAUGAAAAUUUCUAUCAGCAAUCUCCCUCUCCCCUUUUGAAAAAUAUUGUUCUUACUAACCCCCUUACACAUCGUUGCAUGAAGGAUUUUGGAUUACCUAGUUCUGUACAGCUUUCAUAGGGUUGUCAAAAAUAUUUCUUGUAACUGGACUGUGAUACCAAGUAGACGGCAUGUUUUCAUGUGUCCAUGCUGAUAAUUGAGCUACACGCUUUUGGAAUAGUGAAUGUGUUUUCCAGAGUAGAUUGUGAAAUUCACUUGUUGUUUGCUUAUAUUGACAACCCUGAUUUCAUAAAAGCAUGCAAAGUUAAACAAGCCAAAAGUUAGUCACCUGUGGCACUAAGGUUUUGCUAGAGAACAUCGCUACAUUUUAUACUAAAACAGUAACAGCUAAUUUUAACCUAUCCUGAAAUUGUCUUGCCUUAACAGUCCAACAAGUCACAAGUUCCCAGUCAUCGGGAAACACAAGUGAGACAUAUUCUCUUCCAAGUACUAAUGGAAACCAUUCAACUGCUGACACAUCACUUACAGACCCACAAAUUCAAAAUGAAUCACCAAAGAGAUCACCGAACUCUCCACAAAGAGAUGAUUAUCUCUUUGAAGGACUUACAUCUACACCUAACAUUGUGACAAGCUCGGGUCGCACAGACAUUGCCUCUCCCUUGCAACCUGUUUGUGAAGGAAGCUUCAUUGGCCAAGCCAGACAUAAAGAUGGUUCACCUCUGGCAAUAGUUUUCCAGGUAUUAAUCCUUUGACCUCUAAGAGUGACCAGUAUCUAACUUCUCCUUACAACAUCACCUUUGAAUCACAUCUUAAGGUCACGAGAAUGAAGGAAAUGAUCACCAACUAAAGAUGGUCUUGAUUGUUAACAGAUUCUCCCUAUCAGCACCUUCGGAAAUGUAUAGAGAACAGUGUGGAGAAUUUGUAUACUGAUGAUAGGGUGUAAAGGGUUUAUGGUGAAUUUGUUUUUGAUUUAGAUUCAAGGUUCCAAAACCAAUGUUGUAAUAGUCAUUGGGGUGUUUGAGGUUUUUUGAUUUUGAUCUUUUUGAGAAUUGAAAACAAACAUUGAAUAGAGUGUGCCUUUCAGAAUUAUACAGUAAUGUUCUCAUGCACUGCAGCCUUACAUGUGCUUAAAGCAUGUGCAAACAUGCAAAACAUGCAUACUGCACAUCACUUUGUGCACUUGCAUCUAAACUACACAAAAUCAGUCAAAUGGAACUCAUUAAAUGCAUGUACUGAAACAAAAGUGCAUGUAAUUAGACAUAAAGCUCAGAUUCUUAAUUUAUCAUGAGAUUUGCAAAUUCAUCUUUAAUUUUUUUUCCUCUGCACAUGCAAUAACUUUUUGGGUUCUUUGCAGAUUUAAGUUUCAGAUAGUUUUCUCUGAUUGCCAAGAGUUUGAAAAAACAAAUAUUUUUAUCAACAGAUUAAGAAAAUCGAAUUGAAUGAUGGUCGUGUCUUGUUCUGUGCAUGGAUAUCGCGUGACCCAGAAGAUGAAGGAGAAGGGGGAAGAUCAACCAGCAGUUUUGCUUUAGCAUCAAGUUUUAACAGUAUGGAGUAUUCAGUGGCCAACCUAGGAGAGGUGAAUUAUGGAAUCCUACAAGUGUAGAGUUUUAAAGAUUAGUAAGACUAAAAACACUUUGAAACUCAUACAUUAGAGACUAAAUUUUAUCCUCUUUUAUUUUCAGCUCAGUCAACAAUUGAGUGAAGGAAGUCUAAGGGAGGAACCAUCCCCAGGGCGUGGUCGAUAUGAUGAGAGGUACAUCACCCUCCAAUCAAUAGGAAAGGGUGCAUUUGGUUUUGUAAAAGUGGGUCAACGCAGAUCAGAUGGAGUAAAGGUCAGUAUCUUAUUUUUAUUUUAAGGUAGAACUUUCAGUUGAAUGUUCUGCAAUGUCAGGUAAAUAACAUUUAUCAUUCUGUCAGUAGCUUCAUUGUUUUGGAUUGAAUCAAUUGAAAAUAAUAAAGAAUCCAUUCCUAGAGCUCAGCCAUCCUUUACUGAUGCAGCUUAACCAGUUUCUGAACACUGCAGUCAUCUUUAGCUUAUUUAACCCUUCAACUCUUGUGUUAGACCAAGACAGAAUUUCUCCUUACAAUAUCAAUACAAUAUCAAGCAGACAAGUGAUGAGAAUAAAAAAAAACUAUCAAUUAGGGGAUUAUUAUUCAGUCCAAAUUAAAUUCUCCAAACUAAUAUCAUGAGAGUUGUAUGGGAGACAGUAAAGAGAAUUACUAAAUUAGAUCAUGGCAAGUAAAGGAGGAGAGGGAAUAAAGAUGAGGAAGAAAUGCCUCCAUUUAUUUCCAGCCAUUUCUCUCUCCUCUUCUCUGAUGGAUUGGCCUUCAUUUUUAUCACAAUGUUAUAUGUGGUUGUAAUUUCCAGGUCAUUGUCAAGUUCAUCAGAAAAGCAAAAAUUCUGGUUGACUGUUGGGUAGAAGAUGCAAUCUUGGGUUCAAUUCCAUUGGAAAUUGCUUUGCUGGCAAAGUUUAAACACCCAAACAUUGUAAAGGUAAAGCAUACAUUUGUACUUGUUCCUAGCUCCUGGAAUUCUACACAUUAGUAUAUAUUAGGUAAUUCAGUAUUAUCAAAUGAGUUGAUAAAUUGGCCACGGUAAACUCAUUACAGUGGCUAGUUUACGUUAUCAACACAGUUGAUAAUACUAAAUUACCCUGUUAUACUCUCCCACUGAUGUAGCACCACAGUUUCUUUAGAAACGUACCCAUUUUAUACACUAGUAUUAAUAUAGUGUUAUUGAGUCAUGAUAUUUUGAAGUUAACAAUUAACAUUAUAGUGGAUAUAAUGGAGGUGAGCUUUUGCCAGGGUACUUGUCAGCUAUUGGAUUUGUGAGAACUCUGCACUGAACUUCUAUGCAGAAUUCUCUUACUAAAUUUCAAUGGCCUGUCAGGCUAUUUUUUUUCUAGGUCAAGGAGCUGUUAUCAUAUAUCUUCUGUUAAUCUUCACUUCUUUAAUGCCACCUCAUUUCUUAAUCCCUCUAAACUCUAAGUGUGAUUAGCAUCUAAUUUCUCCCAACAGAAUCACCCCUGAAUCAAACAUUAAGGUCAUGAGAAUUAAAAGAAAUGAUUGCAAACUCAAGAAGCUCUUGAUUGUUGGAAAAAUUCUACUUAAAAUUACAGAGGAAGUAUGAAGAACUAAGAUACUGAUGCUAUUGCUGAAAGAAAUGUCAGUGAGAAUUUUCUUGUCUUGUAGAUGCUAGAGGCUUUUGAAAAUGAAGAAUUCUUUCAGUUGGUCAUGGAGAAGCAUGGAAGUGGAAUGGAUUUGUUUGAGUUUAUCGACAGACAGCCAGCAACAGAUGAACCCCUCUGCAGUUACUUGUUUAGACAGGUAUUCAUCCCAGUUUCUAUGUUAAAUUUCUGUGUUUAUUGACUUUUGUUUGUCUUUUGUGAGGAAAAAAACCACUAUCUUGUGAGUCAUGUUAAGCUAGCAAACUAUUGUUAACACUUUGACUCCCAUGAAUGACCAAGACAGAAUUUCCCCUUACAAUAUCAAUACAAUAUUAACCCGAUAAGUGAUGAGAAUAAAGAAUAACAUCAAUUUGGGGAUAAUUAGUUCAUCCAAUACUAAAUUCUCUACACUAACAUUAUGGAAAUUGUAUGGUUGACAGUAAGGAGAAUAACAAAUUUGAUCUGGGAGUUAAAGGGUUAUUAAAUAGGCUCUAUGUUGCUGUGGGUCUGUUCAGUAACAGAUUAUCAAUGAUGUCAAAAUGCAGUAAGCACUGAAAAGUGGCACAUGAGGUGCAGCUGAAUGUGUCUCUGAUGUUCUUACACCAAGCAUAUUUCUGUACAAAUAUGAUGUUGUGUUUCUUUGUGUAUCCAUCUGAUGUAAUUUUUUUUCUCUGCUGUAGGUUGUUUCUGCUGUAUCCUUCCUUCAUAGCAGAAGUAUACUUCAUAGGGAUGUGAAGGUAAGUUUUUAACCCAUGAAUUCCUUGAAUUUGCUUUUGCUACCACUCAGUGUUGCCAUUUCACUUCUUUCACUUCCACACAAAUUUUCAGCGUGAUACUGAGUGACAACCUAUAGUGAUUUGCAUAUUGAAUAAGAGCUAAAACUUUCUACUAUUGGCUGAAACAAUUACAAUCAUCUGGCAACCAAAUAAAAGGGUUUUUCUUAUCAGUCAAAACACAAGAAGUCCACAGUGUGGAUACGCACUCUUGGGAAUAAGACACAGUGAUGCAAGAGUGCAGAUAUGCACUAUGGGGCUUAAAGGGUUAAACCCUCAGCCCACUCUUUAACUCCCAAGAUGUAAUGGUUAAUUCUCCCUAAUAACUGCUAUACAUUUCCUUUUGAAUAAGUUCUGAGAAUUUGAUGUUUUAUCAAGAUGACAAGUUCUACCUGAUAAUUUUGAGUAUUUUUAUUACCUGUUUUCUGGGUAAUGUAUGGAUGUUAUAGGAAGAAGUUACCUGUUUUGCUUCUGCAAGUUAAAUUGAUAAUGGAGUGAAAUACUUUGCUGCCCCAUACAAGCAAAUGGCACAAUGAUUGCUGCGCAGAGCUGUAAUUCUGAGCUGCUCUUAAAUUUCUAAAUAUUUUUGGAAGACACAAGCUCUUUGGGCUGUUAUGUUUAUUCACUUGUAAAUAAUCUUAAUUGCAGGAUGAAAAUAUCAUCUUGGAUGAGAAAUUCCAUGUCAAGUUGAUUGACUUUGGGUCAGCAGCAUACAUGGAAGAAGGCAAAAAGUUUUGUACAUUCUGUGGCACAAUGGAGUACUGUUCACCAGAGGUCCUGAUGGGAAACAAGUAAGUAUUUCCUCUGCUAUUUCUCUUUGUGAAUCCAAGCUCCCUUUUCAUCAUUCUCCUUCUGUAUCAUUGCCCAUAACACUUCUGUUGGCCAAUAGAUCAUGACCCUGUAAAUGGUGAAAGCAGCCUAUCACAUAACUAGACUUUUAAUCAGAUUUAUCAACUGUGGUGUUUCAAGGAAUUGCAACUCCUAGAAAAGCUGUAAGAACACAUGUAAAACUACAAUGCAACUCUGUCAUGUAGAUAAAGGAAUGGCGAAGCGUUCACCUUGAAUAAUUAGUCAACCAUUCUUGUCAAUAAAGGCUAAUGGUCGGUUGUGAAUAUGUGAAAGUCAUAUAUUUGAACUGCGGUUUAAGACGUGAAUGCAAAAGCGAUCUUCGCAGUAAUGAACACUACUUAAGCAGUAGUGGAAAGAAGGCCUGAGAAAAAAUUUAGGCCUGUACGGGAUUUGAACCCACGAUGAUGAUCAAAUUCAUGUCUUUAACCGCAGUUCAAAUAUAUGACUUCCAUAUACUCACAACCCUUUAUUAACCACUUCCUGGGUUUAUUUGGAACCAACACAGUGACCAGCUCCCGGUUGGCUUGUUAGCUCAGUUGGUAGAGCACUGCACUGGUAUUGCAGAGGUCAUGGGUUCAAAUCCCGUACAGGUCUAAAUUUUUUUCAGGCCUUCUUUUCACUACUGCUCAAGUAGUGUUCAUUACUGUGAAGAUUACUUUCACAUUCACAAAGGCUAAUGGUGUUUAUAUAAUAAACAAAGUGAUACAUGGUUACUUGUAGAUGUGGAAUUUCUCUUCUAUGCACACCCAUCUUUUACCUGUAUUCUCUUUUAAAUUUUAUUAAUAGGUAUUAAAAAAAAUCAAAAUCUGUUGUAUCUUACAGAUAUGCAGGACCACAAUUAGAACUCUGGUCAAUGGGUGUCACGUUGUACACUCUAGUAUUUGGUGAGAAUCCAUUUUAUGAUGUUGAGGAGACCAUAUGUGCAGAGCUACAUCCUCCAUUCCUUGUCUCAAAUGGUAAGAAAUAUUUUUCCCAUACACCUUUUUCCUUCCAAGAUCUGACUGUUAGAUCUUCCUUUCCUCUAGCAGCUGCACUUUUCCUUGUAAAUUAUCCCUUUUUUAUGAGAAGUUGGUGUUUAAUCAAGAUAUGUAACAAGUUCUACCUGAUAAUUUUGAGAAUUCUCUUUAACUGUUUGCUGGGUGAUGGAUGGAUGUGAUGGGGAGAAGCUAUAUGUUAAUCACUUUUGGAAUUUAAAGGGUGAACCAUACAUCAGUGACGAGGGUAGUUGAUUUGUCUGUCAAUGUGUCUUCGUUAUUCAAAAACAAACAAACAUCAUCUUUAUUUUCCACAUUUUCAAGAUUAUGUACACUUUCACUAGCUUCUCUGUGACUGAAACCAUCAUCUACCAAUGAUGACAUUUAUAUGUCCAGUAUCACUUGGGGAGAACAUUGUUACUUUGGAGGACAGAAAUUACUAGCAGUAGUGUGUCUCAGUGAUUGCAUUGACAAAGAAAACAAGAACAACUUUCUAUCUUGAACACAUUCAACAUCGUAGAUUGUAGUUUUCACCAACUUCAAAUGAUGUUUAGUGGAGUACUCUGGGAGGGUUACAAUAAAAGUUAAGAGGGAAUCCCUUUGUAAGGAACCCCUUUCUCUCUCAAGAUCUUAUUGGCAAUUCUCCUCACUGUCAGCCGUACUAAUCUUAUGGUGUUAGCUAAAAGAAUUUGAUAUUUGAUUAACUUGUAAUCUCCUAAUUGCUAUUUUUCUGCAUUCUCAUCACUUGCCUGCUUGAUAUUGUAUUGAUAUUGUAAGGAGAAAUUCUCUCUUGGUCACUCAUGGGAGUUAAAGGGUUAACAUAACUAAUACUGUGGUUAUUGUGUUUACAUAACAGAUCUUAUGUUUAUUAUCUGUUGGCUCCUACAUCCUGAUCCUCGCUGGCGGGCCACAAUCAGAGACUUGGAAGAAAAUGAAUGGAUAAACCAACCUGUGGACAUCACCAAUUACUCCUUUGACGCUGUUAUGGGUGAGUUUAUUUUUUAAUAAUGGUUCAGACCAGAAGGAAAUUUCGUUUACUUCAGUCAUUAUCUCAGGGUAGCUAAUACAGGUUGAUAGGUAUCAGAAACUUAAGGUAGCCAGUUUUUUAGCUGACAGGCGGCACAUGAUUAGAACCCUGUCAUUACAAUCUGUUAGGCAUCAGAAAAUUAAGGAAGACAGUAUUUUAGCUGGCAGGUGGCACUUAAUGAUAACCCUGUCAUUAGAAUCUGUUAGGCAUUGGAAACUUAAGGUAGCCAGUUUUUUAGAUGUCAGACAGCACAUAAUGAGAACUCUGUCAUUAGAAACUGUUAGGCGUCAGAAACUAAAGGUAGCCAGUUGUUUAGCUAACAGGCAGCACUUAAUCCAUUAGAUGUUGGAAACUUAAGGUAGCCAGUUUUUUAGCUGGCAGGAGGCACUUAAUGAUAACCCUGUCAUUAGAAUCUGUUAGGCAUUGGAAACUUAAGGUAAUCAGUUUUUUAGCUGACAGGUGGCACUUAAUGAUCACCCUGAUAAUGGUGGUAGGUUGGAGAAAACCUGUACAUGGUAACGCUGAAGGGAUUAAAAUUUGUCCUCUUGAUUUCUGUUUUUCUCAGCUGAUCAGGUAGAUGGUACACAACACCUUUUACAGUUACCACCAGGUGCACUGAAUAACAGCCCUGGUGAUCCAGACCUCUCACAAGAUGAAGUCAUUGAUUAUGGUCACCAUGACAACCUACAGCUGUCAGCCCUCCAAGAAUAUCUCAGUUUGAUUGACAAUGAGGAUAGUGAGGGUGAAAUGUGAUGUGCAGGGAUGGAAUCUCUGCUGAUUUCAAAUUUUAUUAUAUUCUUUUAAAAGCAGCCAAUCACAGGAAUUUGUAUGGCUUCACUUUAGAUACUCCAUUAAAGCUUCACCCUUUCACUCUCAGCAGUGACCAAGACAUACUUUCUCCUCACUAUGUCAAUACAACAUCAAGCAGAUGAGUGAUGAGAAUAUAGAAAUAUAUCAAUUAGGAUAUUAUAAUCAUUUGAUCCAAUACUAAAUUCUCCAAACUAAAAUUAUAAGUUAUAUGAGGCAGCUAGUAAGAAGAAUUACUAAGGAAACUUUAGGAGUGAAAGGGUUAAGAUGGAAUUCUUUUUUUCAUACGGUGAAUGACUAGGUGCAAAUUUAAUGAGUAAGUUAACACUUGUGCAAGCAAAGGUUGCCCUUCCUGGCAGUGAGGAGGAGAGUCUUUUGUGCCAUUUAAAAAGAAUUGUUGAUAAUAACAAUAACGGUGAUGUCAAGAAAAAUGCAACUACAAUUACAUAUAAGGGAGUUAUUAGUGGCUUCAGUCUGUUGUCGCUCAAUUUGUAUAGUUCACCCUUAACAUUGCUUUUAUUUGGAAUGGAUAAUACUGGUUUUUUAAAAUGAAUUUUUAAGCUGCCAUUUUGGUUCAGUUAAUGAAUAUUUUAAAAGUGAAGUUUGCAAGUUGGAGAUCAUCUAAUUAUUUAAUAAUAAAUUAUUAAUGAUAUUUUCUGUUACAUGAAGUAUUGUGGCAGUGAUGAAAUUAUGUUAGGAGUUGAUUAUAAAACUUGGAUUUAAAUUUCUUGUUUUCCAGAAGGAAAAUUUUGCUCUUGGUUUUUAGUUUUAAUGAUUUUAUAGUGGUGAGGUUUGGUUUAUUUUAAGCUUUAAUAACAGGGUUACUGUGAAACUUGGAAAAUGUUAUAGAGAAAGAUGUUUUUUGUCUCGUCACGAGUAUGAGACAAAGGAAAAAAAUUCUGAGUCCCAUGAGGAAAAACAUCUUUCUCUUUUUCUUUACCGAGCUCAAAACUUUUCAUCUCUCUUAUUCUAUUUGGGAAAAUGUUGUACACCUGAAAUUUUCAAGAAAUAUUAUUGUGUUUAAAGGGAGAGAUCAAUCAAGUAUCUGGAAACCAGACAGAGAACAGUAAGGAUAAUUAUUAUCCUAUUUGGACAGUUGGUUGUUUUAAAUUGUGACAACAGGUUUGACAGGUUGGUGAGGCUUGUGUGAGUGAGUCAGGAGAGAUAUGACCACUUGUCUGUACUAUUCUUUGACUUUUUUUCUUUUUUUCCUGUCUUCUUAACUCUCUAAUUAUUUUGUGCCAGUUCUCAACUUCAAGAUGUUUUGAGAAGCCUAGGCAUUAUGGUAUUUUCUCUGGGAAGAAUUUAUGCACCUUUGCCAGUGCAAUAUUUAUCAUUACCAGGGUAAAAUGUAGACUAUAUGAAGGCCCUCCUUUUUGGCUAAGUCUGUUGCAUGGGUGAAAAUAAAAAAUUAGUGAGAAAAAAUAAAAAAGUGAUGCUAGGGUGUUGGGGAGCUCUUGCAGUGAGUUUGUUGCGCCAUAGAAACUGUGGGUGAGGCUUACUUUUGCGGCACAUAGAGCUCCUGUGGUGGUCCUGUUUUUUCUCUGAUUUUUCUUUGAGCUUUGCUAAAGAGGAGGGACUGCCUGCAGUCUACAGUAGGGAAAGUGGCGAGCAAUGCCUAGCUGUUUUUUUUCCCAAUUUUAGUGGUCACAAAGAAUUCCCUUAUUAUUUGUAAUUUUUUGCAAGCUUCACAUUAUGUACAGAUGAAUAUUUUUAUCAAAACUUCAAUUAUUAUUGUAAAUAUUAUGUGUGGACUGUAUAUUGGAGUUAUACAUCAU